CCAGAUGCAUCAUGGGAAACGUGUCUCCUGUUGCUUUCCUAUGUUCUUUUUCCUUUUUUUUCCCCCCUUCAUUUUAUAGCGAGAACAACGCUUUAGACACUCAAGAAUACAUUCCCAUUUUCGAGCUGCAAUCUUUCACUAACUUUUCAAAGGUGACCUUUAGUAGCCAUGGCCCGUACCAAGCAGACUGCCCGUAAGUCCACUGGAGGCAAAGCCCCACGUAAACAGCUGGCCACAAAGGCUGCUCGUAAGAGCGCCCCUUCCACUGGUGGUGUCAAGAAGCCCCAUCGUUACAGGCCUGGUACUGUGGCUCUGCGUGAGAUCCGUCGUUACCAGAAGUCCACUGAGCUGCUGAUCCGCAAGCUGCCCUUCCAGCGCCUGGUGAGAGAAAUCGCCCAGGAUUUCAAGACUGAUCUGCGUUUCCAGAGUGCAGCCAUCGGUGCUCUGCAGGAGGCCAGCGAGGCCUACCUGGUGGGUCUGUUUGAGGACACCAACCUGUGCGCCAUCCACGCCAAGCGUGUCACCAUCAUGCCCAAAGACAUCCAGCUGGCACGUCGUAUCCGUGGGGAGCGUGCUUAAAAUGUUUUCUGAUUUGUUAUAUGCUGUCCUCUUGUCCCGUCACUACUCUUUCCAGCCCUUUCCUUCCUCUAUACUUAGUUAGUAGUUUGGUUUGAGGUCCUAUAUAUAUAUAUCAUAUGAUUGUGAUAACCGUAAAAUGUUUGAUCAUGUCUUCUUUGGUGCUACUAGUAGCAGUUUCCUUAGAGAUGUCUUCAUGUAUGUUUGAAACUUUGAAUCACAAUGACACUUCUAACUAGCUAGCUCACAGGAAUGCUUGUUGUCUCCAUGCAUAAGGUGUUUUUGCAAGCCAAGAAUAGUGUGUGAAAUGAGAAUAGGAAAUAGCAUUAAGGUUAAGACAUUUUCAUCUUCAGGCGGACAUACACGUUGAUAUAUUAGGUCUUCUGAUUUUUUUUUUUUUUUUUUUUUUUAAAUAGGGAUUUGUUGUAAAAGUAGUGAAUUUUCUUUUUUUUUACAAUAAUGGUGUAUUUCUACUGUUAGUGUUUAAUGUAUCAAAAUACAAAAGUUUGAUUCUGGUCGUCAAUUAGAAACGUCAUUGUGCUAUGAUGACACUGCAUUUUGGCAGAACACAAGCGGCAUAUAUGUAGCAGACCUAUGGUGAUCAUAUUUUGAUUUUCAGCCACGUUAUUAUGUCCAGGUAAUGUUUUGACUUUUUGUUCCUCUCUCAGGUUGAUAUGAUAACCUUUUUUUUUCUACUGUGUUUUUGAUUUAUGUUUUCAUUUUUAAAAAGCAAAAUAUUUGUACUCUGGAAUUCACAUACAAACAUAAUAAAGAUUCUUGUGGUUAAAUGAA